UAUUAUUCAGAAAAAUAAAAUUAAAAAAAAGAUUGUUUCUCUCCCUCCCAUAAUUAUUAUCACUUUCCCAAAAACAAUUUAACCCAUAACCAAGAAAUGAAUGCUUCAACAUCAGCUUCCAUCCCCGCAGACCCUCCUCCCCCGCCCACUGUCCCCGCAUGGGCCCCCGCUCCGCCUUCUGUGGUCGAACCACCGGCGGCGGCGGCCGCCGUGCCUCCGGUUUCCGACCACCCUCCUUACCCAGACAUGAUAAUCGAGGCCAUUGGUGCUUUGAAAGAGAAGAAUGGGUCAAGCAAAAGGGCCAUUUCUAAGUACAUCGAGUUAGCUCACAAACCGUACCCACCGAGUCACGAUGAGUUGUUGACUCAACAUUUGAAGCUCUUGAAAAGCAGCGGUCAACUUGUUAUGGUAAGGAAGUCUUAUAAGCUUGCUCCCUCUGCCGGAUCUGAAGUUCCGGUGCCGGAUUCUGCUACUUCUAAUGUCCCCGACGGUUCUUUGGCUCCAAAACGUGGUCGCGGGCGUCCUCCUAAGGCUAAACCGACGGUUUCGGCUACUGAUUCCGGGUCUCAGCUGCUGGAUGUUCAGGUUGCGGGUGAAGUUAAGAAAUCCGUCGGUAGGCCUAGGAAAAAUGCACCCAUUGGUCAACUUGAUGCUAGGAGGGGCCGGGGUCGGCCACCUAAAAGUGGGUCUCGGAGACCGAAGACGGUUAGGUCAGUGGUGGCUGGUGGUGCUAAUGCGGUGAAAAGGGGCCGUGGACGGCCGCCUAGGGCCGUGAACCAGGUACCUCAACAGGGUUUUGUGCCGAUCCAGGGUCAACCCGUGGCUGUUCCCUAUGCUGACGCUGAUCCUGCUGCUCCCGUUGCUCCUAGUUUACCAAGGCGCAGAGGGAGGCCUAAGGGCACGGCUCGAGCCACCGGCACGGUGGUCCCCGGUAAGCGGAGAGGUCGACCGCCCAAAGUUGGCAGCAAUACAAUGGCCAAGAAAACCACUGGGAGACCGGUAGGCCGGCCCAAGAAGACAACUGGUGGAGCAUCAGCAGCUACAUAUGAAGAUCUUAAGAGAAAACUCGAAUUCUUUCAAUCAAAAGUGAAGCAUGCAGUUGAAGUACUAAAGCCUCAGUGCAUCAACAACGGAACAGGCGCAGGCGCGAUCCAAGAGUUAGAAGGACUUGCAGAAAUGGACUUUAACGCACCAUUUCACGAGCAAGCUCAGCCGCCACAGCAGGUGCCAACACAGCCACCGAUACUACAGAACGAAGGACAAGGGCCUUGAUGUUUUUUAGUUGGUGUAGGAAAUGUUUUGACUUAGGCACACAACCAUGAUAUAUGUCUGUAAAGGGAAACAGGGAAGUUGCAGAUCAAUUUUUUUUUUCUUUUUGUUGUUGCUGAGGUUGUCUGAAACAUUUUUUCUUUUUUUGGAGAAUGACUUUGGUUCGGCCAUUUUUCUCUGUAGUGAAAUUACUGAUUCCAGAAUUUCAAUUUUUGGAGUACAAUUUUCUCAUGA